AUGAAUAAAAGAAAAGAUGGAAGGAAGAAGUUCCAUGAGACAAGACACCCAAUAUACAAAGGAGUGAGACAAAGAAACGGAAAAUGGGUGUGUGAGUUACGACAACCUAACACCAAAACUCGUCGUGUUUGGCUUGGAACAUUUUCUCACCCGGACAUGGCAGCUAAAGCUUAUGAUGUUGCAGCUUUAGCUUUUAGAGGUGAAGCUGCUUCCUUAAAUUUCCCUAACUCAGCUUCAUCUUUGCCGCGUCUUAGUGCACAAACUUCUUCUAUUAGGUCGAUUCAGUUUGCCGCAACGAAAGCGGCUGAAAAACACUUCUCUUCACGUGAAGGCUAUGAACCAUUCUUUACUGCCGAGACAGUAAAGAAUGAUUCAGAGUCUUUAAAUUGUGUUUCUGAUGUUAACGUUUGCAUGGGGGAAGAUUCUGGAAGAUUGUUUUGGGACGAGGAGGAGGUUUUCAACAUGCCGGGUUUGAUAAACAGCAUGGCAGAAGGGUUGAUUAUCACACCGCCGGCUUUGCAGAGAGGUUUCAAUUGGGUUGAUGGAGAAACUACAGUGGACUUAACUUUAUGGAAAAGUUGA